AUGGCUGAUGAAAUCCAGAAAAAACUGCAAAAAGAGUUCGAAAUUUUCAACAAUUUAAAAAAAGAAUAUCAUAAGGCUGUUGCUCAAAAACAACAAUUAGAUAGCAAAUUGAACGAAAACAAAGCAGUAAAAGAAGAACUUAUGUUAUUAAAAAAAGAUGCUGAGGUUUACAAACUUCUAGGCCCUGUUCUAGUAAAACAAGAAUUAGAAGAAGCUAGACAAAAUGUGUCCAAAAGGAUGGAGUAUAUUAGCAAAGAAAUCAAGAGAUCAGAUGGACAUAUCUCAGCUCUGGAAAACAAACAAGAAGCAGUACAAGAAAACCUAAAUAAAUUGAAAAAUGAUCUUGGUAGCUUAAAGGUAGCA